AUGAUCUUAUUAUGUUUACUGUGUCUUAUGUUGUUAACUUCAGGCACAAAACGCCACUCAAGGCCAUUGCAAUUCAUUGAAGAUGAAGAACGUGCGAUCGACGAGUUGACUCAGCUAUAUCGCGAAAAUGUCGGCGAUGAGGUGGUCGUGCGAGUUGAGCGUUGCGCCAACUCGGCUGAUAUUGCAGCUCAGUGUCCCGUCUGGACGAAUACGCCACAUUUUCGCGCGUGA